CCCCCGCGCGGGCUCCUAGCUGGCCAGUCGCGCGUGGGCUGGGGCCCUGGGCGGGCGUUGUGAAGGCUUGUUUGCUCUCGUAAGAGCCCGGAGGGCAGUGAAGACCUCGCUUCUUCCGGGGUGGGGCGUGUAGACCCCCUUACCCAGGGCGAAUGGACUGUCGCGGCGGCUGCUGAGGGCAGGCUGGGGGGAGUCCAGCAGCCAUGAACUCACCGGUGGACCCCGGUGCCAGACAGGCGCUGAAGAAGAAGCCGCCCGAGCGGACCCCGGAGGAUUUAAAUACUAUUUAUUCUUAUCUUCAUGGCAUGGAAAUAUUAUCAAACCUCAGGGAGCACCAACUUAGAUUAAUGUCCGCAAGAGCUCGCUAUGAGAGAUAUGAUGGCAAUCAAAUUCUUUUUUGUUCAGAAACUAUUGCCAGAUGUUGGUAUAUUCUGCUUUCAGGAUCUGUGCUUAUGAAAGACUCCAUGGUUUUGCCUCCUUGCAGUUUUGGUAAGCAGUUUGGAGGAAAAAGAGGAUGUGAUUGUCUUGUAUUAGAGCCUUCAGAAAUGAUUGUGGUAGAGAAUUCCAAAGAUAAUGAAGAUUGCAUUCUACAAAGAGAAAUUCCAGCCAGACAUUCUCGGCGAAGGUUUCGGAAAAUUAACUAUAAAGGAGAGCGCCAAACCAUCACUGAUGAUGUUGAUAUUAACAACUAUCUUUCUCUUCCAGCCGAUCUUACCAAGAUGCACAUCACAGACAACCCUCAUCCCCAGGUGACUCAUGUGUCUUCUAGUCAGUCUGGUUGUAGCAUCGCCAGUGACUCUGGGAGCAGCAGUUUAUCUGAUAUUUAUCAGGCUACAGAAAGUGAAGUAGGAGAUGUAGAUCUAACUCGUCUUCCCGAAGGACCCGUUGAUUCUGAGGAUGAAGAAGAGGAAGACGAAGAGAUUGAUCGAACAGAUCCACUGCAAGGGCGAGAUCUUGUUCGGGAAUGUCUUGAAAAAGAACCUGCAGACAAAACAGAUGAUGACAUUGAACAAUUACUGGAGUUUAUGCACCAGCUUCCUGCUUUUGCAAAUAUGACCAUGUCUGUAAGGAGAGAACUGUGUUCAGUGAUGAUUUUUGAAGUUGUCGAGCAGGCUGGUGCUGUUAUUCUUGAAGAUGGGCAAGAGCUUGACUCAUGGUAUGUUAUUUUAAACGGCACUGUAGAAAUCAGUCAUCCAGAUGGAAAAGUUGAAAAUCUUUUUAUGGGAAAUAGUUUUGGAAUUACUCCCACUUUGGAUAAACAAUACAUGCAUGGAGUUGUCAGGACUAAAGUAGAUGAUUGUCAGUUUGUCUGCAUAGCCCAGCAAGAUUACUGGAGAAUUUUAAAUCAUGUGGAAAAAAAUACUCAUAAAGUUGAGGAAGAGGGAGAAAUUGUUAUGGUGCAUGAGCACCGUGAACUAGAUCGAAGUGGAACCAGGAAAGGACACAUCGUAAUCAAGGCAACACCUGAGCGUCUCAUCAUGCAUCUAAUAGAAGAACAUUCCAUUGUGGACCCAACUUACAUAGAAGAUUUUCUAUUAACUUAUAGGACAUUUCUUGAAAGUCCUUUAGAUGUUGGAGUCAAAUUAUUAGAAUGGUUUAAAAUUGACAACUUAAGGGAUAAGGUAACACGGAUUGUGUUGUUAUGGGUAAACAAUCAUUUUAAUGAUUUUGAAGGUGAUCCUGCUAUGACUCAUUUUCUGGAGGAAUUUGAAAAGAAUCUGGAAGAUACAAAAAUGAACGGUCAUCUCCGGUUACUGAAUAUUGCCUGUGCUGCAAAGGCUAAAUGGAGACAGAUUGUGUUACAAAAGGCUUCCCGAGAAUCCCCUCUUCAUUUCAGCCUUAAUGGAGGAAGUGAAAAAGGAUUUGGAAUUUUUAUUGAAGGAGUAGAACCUAGUAGCAAAGCUGCGGACGCAGGACUAAAACGUGGUGAUCAGAUAAUGGAAGUAAAUGGACAAAACUUCGAGAAUAUUACAUUUGUCAAGGCCCUCGAAAUUUUGAAGAAUAAUACUCAUCUUGCACUUACUGUAAAGACCAACAUUUUUGUGUUCAAAGAGUUACUUAGUAGAAAUGAACAAGAGAAAUCUGGUGUUCCUCAUAUUCCCAAAAUUGCUGAAAAAAAAAGUAAUCGCCAUUCAAUCCAAGAUGUACCAGGAGAUAUUGAACAGACAUCACAGGAGAAAGGAAAUAAGAAAGUAAAAGCAAAUACUGUUUCAGGUGGAAGAAACAAAAUCAGAAAAAUUUUGGAUAAAACGCGAUUUAGUAUCUUGCCUCCAAAACUCUUUAGUGAUGGAGGCCUGAGCCAGUCACAGGAUGACAGCAUUGUGGGAACAAGGCACUGUAGGCACAGUCUAGCGAUAAUGCCUAUUCCUGGAACACUCUCGUCCAGCAGCCCUGAUCUCUUACAGCCUACCACCAGCAUGCUGGAUUUUUCAAAUCCUACAGAUAUUCCUGAUCAAGUUAUAAGAGUUUUCAAAGCAGAUCAGCAAAGUUGCUACAUUAUCAUCAGUAAAGACACUACAGCUAAAGAAGUUGUAUGUCAUGCUGUUAAUGAAUUUGGUUUGACUGCACCAUCGGACACAUAUUCUCUCUGUGAAGUUUCCGUUACUCCUGAGGGUGUCAUAAAACAGAGAAGACUUCCAGACCAGUUCUCCAAAUUAGCUGAUAGAAUUCAGCUAAAUGGAAGGUAUUAUUUAAAAAAUAAUAUGGAAACAGAAACUUUAUGUUCAGAUGAAGAUGCUCAAGAGUUAGUUAAAGAAAGUCAGCUCUCCAUGCUACAGCUCAGUACCAUUGAGGUGGCUACUCAGCUUUCCAUGAGGGACUUCGAUUUGUUUCGUAAUAUUGAGCCUACUGAAUACAUUGAUGACCUUUUCAAACUGGAUUCCAAAACAGGAAACACUCACUUGAAAGAGUUUGAGGACAUUAUAAACCAAGAGACAUUCUGGGUUGCCUCAGAGAUUUUAUCUGAAUCAAAUCAACUCAAACGAAUGAAGAUUAUUAAACAUUUUAUUAAAAUUGCACUUCACUGUCGAGAAUGUAAGAACUUCAACUCUAUGUUUGCAAUAAUAAGUGGUCUGAACCUGGCUUCAGUAGCACGACUCAGAGGAACAUGGGAAAAGUUACCAAGCAAGUAUGAGAAACACCUGCAAGACCUACAAGACCUAUUUGAUCCAUCUAGAAACAUGGCAAAGUACAGAAAUAUCCUUAGUAGUCAGAGCAUGCAGCCUCCAAUUAUUCCACUCUUCCCUGUUGUCAAGAAAGAUAUGACUUUUCUACAUGAAGGGAAUGACUCCAAAGUAGAUGGUUUAGUAAAUUUUGAGAAACUAAGGAUGAUUGCCAAGGAAAUUCGUCAAGUUAUUCGAAUGACUUCUGCUAACAUGGACCCAGCCAUGAUGUUUCGACAGAGGAAGAAGAGGUGGCGAAGUCUGGGGUCACUGAGUCAAGGCAGCACAAACUCAAACAUGCUGGAUGUUCAAGGAGGUGCUCACAAAAAAAGAGCACGCCGCAGCUCCCUGCUUAAUGCCAAGAAGCUAUAUGAGGAUGCCCAGAUGGCAAGGAAAGUGAAGCAGUAUCUUUCCAGUCUGGAUGUGGAAACGGAUGAGGAGAAGUUCCAGAUGAUGUCAUUUCAGUGGGAACCUGCAUACGGUACCUUAACCAAGAAUUUCAGUGAGAAAAGAUCAGCCAAAUCAUCAGAAAUGUCUCCAGUGCCUAUGAGAUCUGUUGGCCACAUUGCUAAGGCUCAUUUGCAUCAACCACACAGAGUAAGCCAGGUACUUCAGGUGCCAGCUGUUAAUUUACACCCCAUCAGGAAAAAAGGACAAGUGAAAGAACCUGCCACAUUGAGUACAACUUUAUCUCAGAAAGUUACAGGAACAAAUGAAGAACUGGGUGGAAAGAAGCAUACAGAAGACACUAUUUCUGUGGCGUCAUCUUUACAUUCUAGUCCUCCUGCAUCUCCUCAAGGUUCCCCUCGCAAAGGUUAUACACUUAUACCAUCAGCUAAAUCUGACAACUUGUCUGACUCCAGCCAUAGUGAGAUUUCUUCACGAUCCAGCAUUGUGAGCAAUUGUUCCGUUGACUCCAUGUCUGCAACUCUACAAGAUGAACGGUGUUCUUCACAAACUGUGACAGUUCCUGAACCCACAGGGGCAUUGGAAAAGACAGAGCAAUCUUCGGGGAUAGGAGACCAUAGUCACGUUGGCCCUGGGUGGACACUCUCAAAGCCUCCUUUAAUCAAAAGUUUACCUGUCUCAUCUUCUAUGAGCAAUGAAGAGAUUUCUCAUGAGCAUAUCAUGAUAGAAGCAGCAGAUAGUGGCCGUGGAAGUUGGACUUCUUGUUCAAGUAGCUCCCAUGACAACUUCCAAAGUCUUCCAAACCCAAAAGGCUGGGAUUUUUUUAACUCUUACCGACAUACUCAUUUGGAUGGCCCCAUUGCUGAAGUUGAACCCACUGACUGUGAGCCUUAUUCCUGUUCUAAAGGCUGUUCUAGAACUUGUGGUCAGUGUAAAGAAAGCCUUGAAACUAAUCAGAUGAGGCAAAGCUGGGCCUCUUCCAGUUCUCUGUCUGACUCAUAUGAACCAAACUAUGGGACAGUUAAACGAAGAGUGUUGGAAAGCACGCCAAAUGUUUCAUCUGAAGGCCUGGAGUCCAAGGAUGGCACUGACCCAGUUUAUAAAACUGUUACAUCAAGUACAGAAAAGGGCUUGUUUGUGUACUGUGUCACCUCACCCAAGAAGGAGGAUAGGUAUAGGGAGCCACCUCCCACUCCUCCAGGAUACAUGGGAAUUUCUUUAGCGGACCUAAAGGAAGGACCCCACCUACACCCAAAACCUCCAGAUUAUAGUGUGGCAGUGCAGAGGUCAAAGAUGAUGCAUAGCAACCUUUGUAGACUGCCACCAGCUUCUCUCAGUAACAACCCCAUGGCCUGUGUUCCAUCGAAGAUUGUAACUCAGCCUCAGAGGCAUAAUUUGCAGCCAUCCCAUCCUAAACUUGCAGAUGUGACUGAUGCAGAUAGUGAAGCAGAUGAAAAUGAGCAGGUUUCAGCAGUAUAGCCUUUGGACGGCCCUUUUGAAGACUACUGAAGGUCGUGAAGGAAGGAGGAGACAAGAGGCGUCUCAUGGUCUUCCAGGCCGUCUGGACAGCCAGCUAGCUGCUGCUGCUUUACUAAGCCAGAAGUGUCAGCCCAUUGCUCUGAACAGCGAGAUGACCCUGAAUCAUGCUUCCUGUCGUCUGAUCUCUGCAAAUGCCUAGUUUCCUCAUCUGUGGAUGCUGUGCCUGGAUAAUAGUCCUCACUUUGCACACCAGACUUGCCUUGAGACUACAGUUACUAAAAAAAAAAAAAAUCAAACUCCUCAUUCUCCCCAUGUCUGUCAUUAUAGAUUUUUCUUUAACAACUCAAUGGCAAGGUAGUAGUUGUAUUCUGAAGUCAUGGUAGUUGGAACUACUGGACAAAUCAGAAUGUCUCCCAGUACCAAGGAUGUUCUUGUGUAUUUUUGAAAGAUAAGUUAUUCUUUGAAGGUUAGUGGUAUUGUUUGUUUGUUUGUGUUUUGGAGCUCUGAUUAGCUGAUCUUUAUGUUUGAGACCAUAAAGCUGCCUCUUACAAGCAGACAUUAGUCAGCUCUACAGGAUAAAAUCCUUAAACUAUAAAGAUAACAGAGUCUCUGAAUAGAAUAGACCUUUGUGAUUGAGUACAGAAAAUACUGCCAUCUGCUGGUAUAAUUUGGAAGGCCAAAUGAAACUGCCUUUUUUUUUUUUUUUUGCCUCCAGGGGUAUUGCUGGGGUCUUAGUGCCUACACCACAAAUCCACUGCUCCUGGAGUUUUUUUUUUUUUUUUUUUUUUUUGUCUCCAAGGUUAUCCCUGGGGCUCGGUACCUGCACCACAAAUCCACUGCUCCUGGAAGCUAUUUUUUACUCUUUUGUUGCCCUUGUUGUUUUAUCAUUAUUGUGAUUAUUAUUGUUGUUGUUGGAUAGAACAGAGAGAAAUGGAGAGAGGAAGGGAAGACGGGGGAGAGAGAUAGACACCUGCAGACCUCCUUUACUGCUUGUGAAGCGACUCCCCUACAGGUGGGAAGCCGGGGGCUCAAACCGGGAUCCUUACGAUGGUCCUUGCUAUUCGUGCCAUGUGCGAUUAACCCGAUGUGCUACCACCGGACCCCACCCACGCAGGGUUUUUCUUAUCUGUCAUUUAGGAAAAGGAGGGGAGGGAGCUAAGAUGGAGUGAGUAGCAAUUCUACUUUCCAAAGAAUGAAAUGUUUAUGCUAAAUAAUAUGUAUACCAGUUCUUCCUGAGGUGAUAGUCAUGCUCAUCUAACUAAAUUGAAAGUAUAAAUCCAAUAAAUAGUGAAUGGGUUAUAGAGAAUUCUGCACUAUAGAAACCCAUCUAUCAGACUUCUUUUUUAAAGGCAGUGUAAUCAUUGGUGACAUAGAUGAAUUUAGCUUUAUUCAAGUGUGCCUACAAUGAAGCUCAUUAACCCAACAAAAAAUAUAGUUUUUUGGGAAUGUCGUGAGAAAGAAAGAGGUGCUAGAAGAAUAGAAAUCACCAUCUCUUAGUUCUGUUUAGCACUUAAAGUAUACAUAUAUUUUAACAGCCCAUUGGGCAUAGCACUCUUAAGUAUUAAAAUGUUGGUGUCUGUUUAUUGACAUAGCUAAAUUUUUUCAUAUUUUUUAAAAACUAAAUAACAACAGUCAGAGUUAUUAUAGUGUACUACAUAGAUUAACUUGGAGCCAAAAUGAAUUUACUUCUGUCUGGUUAUCUGUAUGUAACAUACAAGAUUUAAUUGAUUCAUGAUUUCCUUUUCAAGAAUUUAUUCUCACUUUCCCCUGAUUCUUCUACCUUCUUACCUCUCCUCUUCAUUUUAAAAUCAUAGAUCAGUUCUAAGUGCUAACUGGCAACAGUUCAUCUUUUCUACCAUAAUGGUUGCUUCAUUUUAGGGAAAAUGGCAUGACUGAAAAUUUUGCCUAUGCAGAAAUGUUCAUCUGUAAUUUAAGCCUCAUAAAUUAACCCCAGGUGUAGUGGAAUAAGGUCAGUGAGCUGGACCAUAAACCCUGGUCUGACCUGUAAACAGUGUUCCUCACCACAGAUUUUCUCUUCACUGAUUGACAUAAUCUUGUUUUCAUGUCAAAACAAAGGAAAGUGAAGGAUAUUUUUACUACAGCCAUCUUUUACAGAGUUUGAAUAUUCUCUUUUUCUGCCCACAACCACAGAGAAAAAUGGUUCUUCCCCCCACCCCCAUGGUAUUUGUUUAUUUAACAAGUCUUUUGAACCAAGUGGAAGCCUUACCUAUCUGUGUCCUUUAUUGUGUUGAUAAUACAUUGCACAGAGAGUCAGAGGCUUAUGGUUUUAGACUUAAGCUGCCUUUGUCUUUGUGGCUGCCUUUGUUUAUCUAACUGUGAGUGUUUGGAUCAGCUGAUCACAUUGAUCAGGAACUAAAACCAAAUGCUUUGUAGUUUGGUGUGUACAUAUCCCCUAAAAAAUUGUGGAGUUUUUAUUUUUAUAUUUUAAUUUAGGGUUUGUUCCUGCUUUUCUCUUGAUUUAUCACAUGACUUAGAACAAAAGAAGCCUUAACUUGUAAUUGUUCCAGUUUAAAUCCCCAUUUAUUUUUGUUUUAUUUUACAAAGUUGCAACUCAUCUCACUUUACCUCUGGAGUCUGCCAGAACUAUUAAAGCAGGAAAUCCUAAGUGCAUGCUUUUGCCAAAUAAUACUUUACCAAAACAUUCUGUUCAUAGUGAAAUAUUUGGAGAACUAAUCCAGUAUACAUUUCUGUAAACGUGUAUGGAGUAGAUUCUUUUUUCCUCCAGUUGAUCACUAUCUGAUCUUGGGGAAGGAAAAGCCUUAACCGACAGCUGGUGAGGAUAUGUCACAUUGUCAUCAUCUGCAUCACCUCCUUGGGAGUCUUUCCCAGACUGGAAAUAUGUGAAUUGGGAUUUCCAAGAAUUAAUCUGAUUUUUAUAAAGUGUUCUCACCCCUACAAAAAGAAAGGGAGUGUUUCCUUGUAUAUUUAAAAUGAUUGUUGUUCUAAUAUUUUUUAAGUUUCUAUAUAAAGUGUGAUAUUUAAAUAAGUGUAUCCCAUUAAUGUUACCUUAAAGGGCAAGGGAUAAAUCUUUAGAGAAGUGUCACAGUACAUUUUCAAUUUAAACUUGAACCCCACUUCAUCUUGACUUUUGUUAUGCAUUUUUAAGGCUUCUUUAUUUUUUUAUAUACAGAACGCAGUUGUACUUGACCUUUUGAAAUUGCAUCAUGUGAGCUUAUCAAGAGACAAAAAUAAAACUGCACAGUUGGUUGUAAUAAUGAAAUAGCAAUUAUACUGCACAAAUCAGUGAUUGUAAAGUAUCCUGUAAUAAGCAACGUUUGUCUCCCUAUUUUUUGAUAUUUCUUAAACUUAUGUCUUUUAGAAAGACAGCGCCUCUGUAUGCUUUUUUGUAUUUUUACUGAGUGUAAAUAUUUGUUAUAUUUUUGGUUAAGAGAAUGUAAAAGUACCAUUUAUUAUUAUCAUAUCUACUAAUACAUUGAUGAGAUCAAUAAAGAACCUGCAUUAAC